AACGCCACCAACCUCCAACGACCAACCACCCAACCUGCAUACCUUUACGAAAGCCACACUCCUCCUCCUCUUCCUCCUCAGCCUGCUGACAACAACACCAACCAUGGCCAACCUCCUCCAGCGCCUAAUGCGCCCAUUCAGCAGCUCCUCCAUGCACUUCACGCCCGAGACCUCCGCGCAGACGAUGAACUUGCCUGAAGGUGCCCAGCGCGCCACCAUCGCCGCUGGAUGCUUCUGGGGUGUUGAGCACAUGUAUCGCCACGAUUUCAAGGAUAAGGGUUUGUUGGACGCAAGAGUUGGGUAUAUUGGAGGCGAUACGGAUAGUCCGAGCUACAGGGCGGUUUGUAGUGGACGGACGGGACACGCCGAAGCCUGCCAAAUCAUCUUCGACCCCACCAAAGUCACCUACGCCGCGCUCCUCGAAUACUUUUACAAGAUGCACGAUCCGACCACCGCCAACCGCCAAGGUCCCGACACGGGCUCGCAGUACCGCAGUGGGAUUUUCUACCACGACGCCGAGCAGAAGGCGAUUGCGGAGGAGGUCACCAAGAAGGCGAACGAGCAGUGGUAUAAGGGGAAAAUUGUGACGGAGAUCUUGGAGGCUGGGACGUGGUGGGAUGCGGAGAAGUAUCAUCAGUUGUACUUGCAGAAUAAUCCGGGGGGGUAUGAGUGUCCUAGUCAUUUCUUGAGGAAGUUCCCGCCGUUGGAGUAAAGCUGCCCGUGUGGACGAAGUAACAUGGCAUCAGGCAAGGUCUGGGAGUGUUUAGCUCCGCAUGCAGACAAAAAUCAAGAUUUGCGUCUAA